AUGACAAGCGUCGAAGCAUUUACGAAAUGGUCUGCUGAAAAUGGGAUCAAGGCGCCCCAUGUACACGUUGCAAAGACGGAAAAUGCGGGUUAUGGCUUAUUUGCCGAUCAAGAUUUUGCAUUAAACGAUAACGACGACGCUGUCACGACGAACGAUCCUUUAGUCCACAUUCCACGCGACUUGCUGAUUACGUCGGUUCGUGCACUUAUUGACAAUCCAGUACUACGCGACACACUCCAUUCGCUUUUUCAUAUUGGCGACAACAACAGUGGAAUUAUUGAAAAGAUUGCAUCGGAACCCAAGAACGAACGAUUAUCAUUGCGACUCUUUCUUGCUUUACAGAAAUUCUCCACCAACGAACAGCAGCAACAGUCGCCAACGCCAUUCUGGAAACCUUAUAUCGACAUUUUACCUUCGCUGGACGAAGUUUCCCAACAACAUCCCUUGUUUCUUAUCAAUGACGAAAGUAAAAGCUUGGGUUUGGACGGAACCAACUUGAGCAGAUCGAUUCGAGCUAAACGUUCGGCUUUGGUGCGCGAACUGGAACUGGUCAAGACGGUUGUGGAGUGGAUGACACUGGACAUGUGGAUGUGGGCUGAUAUUGUAUUCUGGUCGCGCGUAGUCAGCCUCGAGCAUGGUGACCUUGCGUUAAUACCAUUUUUCGACUUUGCCAAUCACUCUUCGCAACCCAAUAUUCGCUGGUGCCCUUCACAAGACGGCGGUAUUGAUUUCGUCCCUUACACAUCAUCAACAGACCAUUCAACAUUAUUAGCUGGUAACGAGCUGCUGUUAUCUUAUGGUGACAAGUCAAACCAGGAACUUUUGUUUUUGCAUGGAUUUACGUUGAAUAAUAAUCCCGAGCCAUCGCGUGUCACAUUGCCAGUUACUGGAUUCCUGGAUAUGAGCAUCAUGGAGAGUCAAGUGAAAUUAUCGUGGAUAUCACAAUCAGCAGUCAAACCUGUGCUGACAUUGAUGGGGUCGACGCUCCUUGAUUCAAGCAAAGGCGAUGACACAACAACAGGAAAAACUGGCGAAAACGACAAGGAGGAAACUACAGACUUGUCAACAUUAUCUACGGGCUGGACAACUGAAUCUAUCGCCCUGAUGUAUCUCGUUGCACUCGAUCAAGAUGACGGAUUGACGUUUGAGCUAUGCAUGAUCAUUCAAGCAAGUUUGGCCAAUGAAUCUGUUGAAGACUUGGAUGACCUGGUGAAAAAGGUUGGAAUGUUGGAUCAUUCGGCGGUAAUUUGCUUGCGUGUAGUGAUGCUCUUGCUGGAUGCACUUGAAUACCAUUUGCAAAUGAUUCAGUCGUCUUCCUUUUCGUCAUCAACUAAUACCGAAAUGAUGACACAUAUUGAACGGUACAAACAGGAUGAAAUGCAAUUGCUCCAAAGAUCUAUUGAGAAGUUGGCUACACUAAGAGACACAUUGAUGACACAUGAUACCGUAGUCGUAUACCUUGCAGCCCAGGACGACGUGCAGGCUUAA